AUGCCAAAAAAGAGUCGUGGUCGAAGACAUCGCUUAAAUGAGCACAGUAUGGAUGUUACACAUAAUAUCGGAAGAAAUUCCGAUAUAUGUAAUUCAUCGAUUCAGUCAGAGAAUUUGGGGUCGGAAAAUAGCUCCAGUCAUAAUUCAUAUUCUGUGCCCGGAAAUAUUUCAUCACAGUCUUACGUCCAAAGUACGCAACAAAACGCAAGAAUUCCAUCCAAUGGUUGUCUAUGCACCAUACUUCCACGGUUACCACCAGCCAAAGUACACGAGAAAGUUAUUGUAAAAACGAACGUUUAUGCGUUUGAAAUAACAGAUCGCAUCGUUUAUCGUUACGAUGUGCGCAUCGAAGCAUGUUGCGGAAGACCACAUACGGCAAAUGCUGUAAAAAUAGAUUUAUGUCGUGGGAAACAGGACCCAUAUCGAGCUAAGAAAUGUAUAAUUUUAAUCGAUAUGGCAUUACGAAGAUAUCGACAAUUUAAAGAAUUUGCAUAUGCAUAUGAUUUGUCAAGCACGUUAUUCACCAAUCAACCGUUGGAUUUAAAAGAGGUGUCUGAAAUCACCGUAUCGUCCAAUAAUUCGCAAGAAUUACAAAAAAUGUUUGGUAGUAACGUGAACAUAACUAUAAACAUUAGCGAGUGCCGAGAAUUUGCUCGCUCAUUUCAUACUACAGAUUUUAAUUCAUCCAUUACUCCCAAUUUGCUGGCUCAGGAUCACUCUUUGCGUCAGUUUUAUGAAAUAUUAACAAAUCAACAUGGUUUACGAAGUGGAUUGUAUUUCUCAUUCGGUUUUGGUCGGUUGUAUCAAGAAAAAGAAAACAUUAAAUUGAAAGAUGGAGUUAAACUGUUAACGGGUGCCGACAAAAGUGUCCGUUUUGUCCAGGGCAGCCAAUCAACUGGUUUAGUUCCAGCACUGGUACUUGAUGAGAAACAAUUUAUCCUUUUUAGAAAAAAAACACCAUUCUUCAAUGAAGAAACAUUGAUGAAUUUUGCCGCUGAAAUAUAUAAGCCAGAAGCUCCAAAUACAUCCAUCCCUUAUUUGAGUGGAAGAAAAUUUCAAGAUUUUAUACGCUGCGUUGAACCGACGAUAAAAGGCCUUCGUUUACUUCGCUUAAAUAAUACUAAAACAUUCAUCGCAAAUGGCUUGUCGACGAAACCAGUCAAGAAUCUUAGAAAUGAACGAAUGCCGCUAAUGGAAGCGUAUAAAAGGCUGGGAAUUGAUAUCAGACCUGAUUUGCCAGCUAUUGUUUUGAAAUCACGCUCCAGUCAAGCCUUUUUCCCCUUUGAAAUUUUGUACGUUACCCCAAAUCAGAAGGUCCCAGAUGCAAAACUCCGACCGAAUCAGAAACAAGCUGUAAUAAAGAAUUCAGUCGUAACUCCGGAUGUACGACAUAAAGAAAUAGAACGACAUAUGGAAGCGUUAAAUUUGAGCGGAAGCAAAUUCAAUCCCAUUUUGGCAGCAUUCGGUGUUCGAAUUAGUAAGAACCCAUUGGUGGUUGAAGCUAAUCGCCGUAUACCGCCAAAGAUUUCUUAUAAUCCGAAGUGCAUCAUGAAUGUUGCACCAAAUAAGGAAUUUCUUCCAUUCACUUUGCAGUGCUGCGAUAAAAAAGGUAUGAAUUUCAAUAAAAAAUUUAAGAAGGAAAUUUGCUCAAAUGAAUUGGAAGCAAGUAUAAAGAAAGUGGUAAUGGAAUCUUCUGCAGCAACAAAUUUCUUCAUGUAUGUUGACAACCGAGAACAUACUCAUGACCAGCUUAAACUGUAUGAAGCACUUUAUCAAGUGGUCACGCAGCAUGUACGAUAUUCCACUAUAACAGAUAAGGCACAUUCAAUUGAAAAUAUCAUCAACAAAAUGAAUGUUAAAAAUUUUGGUCACAAUUAUCGUACACUGCCGGAAAACUAUGCGAUUAAAAGAUGGUUAUCAAGUGGUAAUACGCUAGUUAUUGGAUAUGAUGUUUGUCAUCCGGAACCGCAAUCUGCGGUUGAGCGUCGUUUAAAUUUAAUAUCUACCCAACCAAGUGUUAUUGGAUUUUCAUUCAAUGCUGCGAAGGAGCCAGAAACUUUCAUAGGAGAUUACGCAUUUCACGAACCUAGGCAGGAGCAAGUUACUGGUUCCAUCCUCGAAGAACGGAUGUUUCAUAUUUUGAAAUUAUUCCGUGAAAUGCGUGACAAGUUGCCAACAUUAAUUGUUAUCACACGUGAUGGUGUUUCAGAAGGACAGCAUAAAAUGGUGAUGAUAGACGAACUGGAAGCUAUACGCACUGGAAUACAAAACUAUGCUGAUUUUUAUAUGAAAACAGAAUAUAAACCAAAAAUAGUACUUCUUAUUGCUGUGAAACGUCACAACAAACGUUUCUUUAUCGAGACAGAAAAGGGAGUAAUUCAAAAUUGUUUGCCCGGAACCGUUAUUGAUCAUACAGUGACACGUGUCGAUGCAACAGAAAUUUUCAUGCAGUCACACAAAGUAAUAAAAGGAACCGGCAAAAUUCCAGCCUACACUUUGUUAGUGAAUGAGGCUGGUAUGGGAAUGGAUGAGUUACAAGCGUUUAUCAAUGCUCUUUGCUAUGGUCACCAAAUUGUCACAUCUGCAGUUUCAUUACCAGAGCCAAUUUACCAAGCAGACGAAUGGGCAAAAAGAGGACGCAAUAAUUUUCGGACUAUGUACAAGCAAAGACCUGACCAAUUACCUCGUAAGCGAGAUGGGAAAGUAGAUUGGAACGAAGUAACAAAUAAACUUUGUUAUAUGAAUCGCGGACUCGAAUUAACAAGAUCGAACGCCUGA